AUUAUUUGGUUCGGUUUGGUUUUGAAUUUGAAAACGGAGUGAAAACCGACAAAAUAAUAAAGAAAUAAGAAAUUAGGUUCUCUUCUUCCUUUGUUAGUGUUAGACUGCUGCCGCGCCGACUGCCCUUUCCUCGUCUCCUUCUCCGACUCUGUUCCGAUCUUGUCUUCCUCAAGGCUCAAGGAGCUGAGUGGAAGAUGAGUUUAAUAUCACAAAAUGUUGCUGUAAUUAGUAGUAUGGAGAAUGUUACAGGGGAGAAUAUUGUUGGCUUGUCAUCUCCGUUGAGAAACGUAGAUGCUAGUGAUGUAGAAAACUCUGGUCUAGAUACUACUAGGGUAAAGAAGAGAAAGAAAGAGCACAAGAAAGAAGAUGAACAACUAGUAAAAGAACAACAAAAGGAAAUGAAGAAGCUUGAAACCUUUCUUUUUGGAUCACUCUAUUCCCCUGUUGAAUUUGGGAAGGAUGAAGAGCAAAAUGGUUUUAGUUCUGAUGAGAAAGUUCCUGCUUUGUACAUAAUGGAUCGCUCUGCAAACAAUUCCCUUUCUGCAUAUGAAGGUGAUUUUGGGCUCAUACAUGAGAGUACGAAUGAGAAGGAACCUCAGCAAAGAAAACCAGCAUGGGUCGACGAGGAAGAGGAGAAGGCAACGGUUAAUAUUACUAAUGUUAGUAGACUGAGAAAAUUGAGGAAGGAAGAAGAUGAGAAUUCGAUAUCUGGCUCAGAGUACGUGUUAAGACUGAGGGCUCAGCAUGCCAAGCUAAACCCAGGUACCGAGUGGGCUCAACUUGAUGCACAAUCCAGGGGUGGCAGUGAUGACGAUGAUCAAUCAUCAGAUGAUGAAAGUGCAGUUACAUUGGCUGAUGGUCAUGAUAAUGUCGAUUCUAUCGAUGAUAUCCUCCGAACAAGUGAGAAUCUCGCUGUGAAGAGAGGUGCAAAAUUGUUGCCUGGACUUCUUGAAUACUCAAGACUUGUAGAUGCUAAUGCAGAGGAGCCAUCUAAUGGUCCUAUCAAUUCGGUUCAGUUUCAUCACAAUGCUCAGUUACUACUAGCCACUGGGUUGGAUCGAAAGCUUAGAUUUUUUCAGAUUGAUGGUAAACGGAAUAUGAAAAUUCAGAGCAUUUUUCUUGAGGAUUGCCCCAUUCAAAAGGCAUCAUUUUUGCCUAAUGGAUCUCAGGUUAUCAUAGCUGGGAGGAGAAAGUUCUUCUAUAGCCUCGAUCUAGUGAAAGCAAAAGUAGAUAAAAUUGGUCCUCUUGUAGGUAGAGACGAGAAAAGCCUUGAAGUUUUUGAAGUUUCCCCUGAUUCUAGCACAAUUGCAUUUAUUGGUAAUGAAGGUUAUAUCCUGUUAGUGUCAACCAAAACAAAGGAGCUCAUCGGGACGCUUAAGAUGAAUGGAAGUGUUCGUUCUUUGGCAUUCGCAGAUGAUGGACGACAGCUACUGAGCUCCGGUGGUGACGGGCAGGUCUACCACUGGGAUUUAAGAACAAGAACAUGCAUCCACAAGGGUGUCGACGAAGGUUGCAUCAAUGGUACUGCAUUAUGUACCUCUCCAAAUGGAGCAUUGUUUGCAGCUGGUUCUGAUAGUGGCAUUGUUAACAUCUAUAAUAGACAAGAAUUCUUAGGGGGCAAGAAGAAGCCAUUGAGAGCCAUUGAGAAUCUGACCACCAAGGUAGACUUUCUUAAAUUCAAUCAUGACGCUCAAAUAUUGGCUAUCUGUUCAAGAAUGAAGAAAAGUAGUUUGAAGUUGAUACAUGUUCCUUCUUUUACUAUAUUUUCGAACUGGCCGCCACCGAAGAAGAACCUUCAGUAUCCUUCAUGUUUGGAUUUCAGUCCUGAAGGAGGUUACAUGGCUGUGGGAAAUGCUGCUGGAAAGACUUUGUAGGUAAGGACACAGCGUAGGCGGCAGAAUUGUCGCUUAAAUGGCCAAGCAUCAAGCUCACUAUCAUAGGCAUAUGCAUUUUUGUAUCACUACGCUAAUGUUUUAUGGAUCCUGGUGUUUCGUAAAAUAAAUUUUUUAUAUAGCUUUCUACCUAAUUAAUAAAAUAUUAGAUAUGUUCUUUUGAGAUUUUUAUCAAAACUUAUCUUAUGAUAGAAAAGUCUAAGUAUGCAUGUCGUAGCGGUCGGACCAUAAUAUGUAAGGAUCCGGUCAUUAUAUUUACA